CUCACGCCGCAACGCCCAGUCCUCAUCGGCCCGCGCAAGCGAGGUGGUGGUGCCCAUUCGCCACGCCCGUCGGCGUGCCGGCACAUCGCCUGAGCUACUGCUAGCUGCGUCGCCGGCUCUCCCCUUGAGCCGACCCAUGCGCUGCCCCCCUCGAACUACCAACCAACCCCACGCGCUUGCGCACGGGCUCUCUCGAACUCUCGCCGCACCGCGCGGCGCGGUCAUGGCGAGCCGACUCCUCUUGCUCCGGCGGGCCACAAGGAGGUGGCACCUUCAGCCUUCACGACCUCCCGCGCUUCGCCCACCGUUUUGCAACGUAAAUGCGACGACGCCUUACCACGGGACGCUGCAGCCGAGGUCACCAUCUUAUACUUCCCACAAGGUUUUUCACCAAGAUACUGGGUUCUUCAGUUGUUCGCGAAGUUAUAACAUUCAAACGUACCGCUGUGUCCAUACCAGUCAACCGGUUAAUAGCCAAAAUCAGAGCAUGGCAAUGGAUCCACAAAGUCCUGGAGCCAUGGUAUCAGUCGAUGAUUCUGGCAAGCCAAAAGUAAAGAGGCCAAAACUUAAAGGAAAGAGAGCUGUAACAAGGUUUUUGAAAUCCUUGAGAUGGAAAAAGAAAAAGGAGCUUCAGAGAAUGACUGCUGAGGAGAAGAUUUUGUACAAACUGAAGCUGGCUCGAAAGAAGGAAGAACGACUCCUUGCAGCUUUGAAGAAAAUUGAACCAAAUGAUCCAUCAGAACCUACACAUGAUCCAGAAGUUCUUACACCUGAAGAACACUUCUAUUUCCUUAAGAUGGGCCAAAAAAGUAAAAACUAUGUGCCUGUUGGAAGACGUGGAAUUUACCAGGGAGUGAUCUUGAACAUGCAUCUGCACUGGAAAAAGCACCAAACCCUACAGGUAAUUGUGAAGACAUUCACACCAGAAGAGGUUAAGGAAAUCGCCUCGGAGUUAGCCAUUCUAAGCGGUGGUAUCGUGCUCAGCAUUCAAGAAGGGAAUACAAUUAUUAUGUACAGAGGAAAAAACUAUGCACAGCCACCACCUGAAAUAAUGUCUCCAAAGAUUGCGCUUCCUAGAAAAAAGGCACUGGAUAAAUCAAAAUACAGAGAUCGUCUCCGAGCUCUUAGGCGGUACAUUCCCAGGCUUGAGCAGGAGCUGGAAGAUCUUCAUGCGCAGAUGAAGUUAUCUGGAGGACAUAGAGGACAAAGUGCAGUGAAAGACGUUACUUUUGUUUCAGAUUGUACAAACAGCAUGUCUGCUAAAAAUGAUUCUUCUAGCUCAAUUCAUAAGAGAAGUGUAUCUGAUCUUCUGUCAGAAAAUAUAGAGAGGUCGGAGAUGCUAGAAGAUGGAAAUACUGAGGAUGAUGACGAUUCAGCUUCAGAGUCUAUCACAUGCUCAGAAUCUGAGGAUCUCUCUGACAUCUUCGAGACAGAUUCAGAGGAGCAAGUAGAAGAUACCAAGGAGCGUCCAUUGUAUCUAGAUAGUCUGGAUAAGUUUCUCCCAGAGAGCAAUGAUAAUGAGCCGGAUGAUUUUGAGGAGCAUCUGCGGAAGAUUGCUUCACUUUCAGAUAAGACUGAUUCACCUGCAAAAGAACUGAAAAUCUCUGAGCUUGAUGAAAUUGAUAAAAUAUUCCUGAGAGCAAGUUCAUUAUUGAAGAAAAGAUGAUAGCAAUCUGUAUACAGUGCUCUUGAGUUUCAUUUUCUAAGCAUUAUGUGCAGUUUACUGGUGUCUUCGAAGAGAAUUCGGGAUAUAGUGCUUGCGGUCACAGACUGGCAGAUACUGGACUGACUCGCAAAUCUUGCUGAAGAGCUGAUUUCAUUAUCUUGCUGGAAUUCAGUGAGCUCAUUUGAAAUCGUGUAAUUGAUGAACUGAAAUAUUGUGAUCAGCUUUUGAUGCAUGCUUUUGUUUGGCGGCAUGGCAUUCCUCAGUUGGUGGUAAUAUGUAGCCUUCUUAUGUAUUUGUUGAAGCAUUGCUGAAGAAGUGUCACCAGGCAGUUUUAUAUGCAUGGUCUGGGGCGGUUCCAGUUUAUUCAGGAUCAGCUCGUAUGCAAAUUUAGUGGCGACGAGAAGUUGUGGAGCACAAGAAUUUCUUUGGGGGAGAAGCCUCUCCUACAUGAGCAGAAGAGCUGCGGUUGGGUUAUAUGGUGGAGCUCAAGCUGCACCUGCAUGGCUGAAUACCAUGUGUAGUAGUAGUCCAAACUUUAGAUUCGAUGGCUGGUGACCAAGGGGCACAAAAUUGUGUUUAUUAAUCAUCUAAGCAACAACUUGGUUCUUCUAUUUUUUGGAAUUUUAUUCGCAUACCAUCUUAUUAGAACUAUCUGUGAUGUACAUUUUGGAAAAUUUUGAAUUAUCUUUUAACUGAUAACA